GGGCAGUUCCUCUUUCCCUCUCAAGCACCGAGAAGGCCCCGCUCCUAGGGAGCUAAGCAGCUGGAGCCCAGGCGAGCGGGGAGGAGCUGUGAGCUGCGCUCUUGCAGGACCCCCUCCUCCGCAGGAAGCAUGAACAGGAAAGACAGCAAGAGGAAGUCACACCAGGAAUGCUCAGGGGUGACAGGGGCGCGGGGCCGGCCCCGACUGGUCCGCCGUCACAAGACCUGCCCCAGCCCCCGGGAAAUCAGCAAGGUUAUGGCUUCCAUGGCUCUGGGCGUGCUGAACGACAGGGGCUGCAGUGAAGAUGAGCUGCUGGAGAAAUGCAUCCAGUCCUUCGACUCAGCUGGCAACCUGUGCCAUGGGGACCACGUUCUCAACAUGGUGCUGGCCAUGCAUAGCUGGGUGCUGCCUUCCGCCCACUUUGCUGCCCGGCUGCUGACCUUAUAUCCUCCCCAGGUGGGAGCAGAGGUUGGAGGGAGGAGGGCAGAGUUGCAAAAGCCCCAGAGAUGGGGACAGGGUGAGUGGGGCAGGUCGGGGAUGCUGGAUAACAGAGCCUUGACCAAACUCAAGUACCAGGAAGCCACAGGGAACACGCAGGAGCUGAGGCAGCUGCAGAUCUGUCACCUGGUCAGGUACUGGCUGACCCGGCACCCUCAAGCAGUGCACCAAGAGCCCCAACUAGAAGAGGUUAUAGGUCGCUUCUGGGCCACUGUGGAUCAGGAGGGAGGCUCAGCCCAGAGGAACCUGGGGGGCUCCUCCAAUCUCCUGAGCCCUGGUGGCCCUGGUCCUCCACCCACCACGAGUAGCCCUGGCCUGGGCAAAAAGCGCAAAGUAUCCUUGCUUUUCGACCACCUGGAGACAGAGGAGCUGGCUGAGCACCUCACUUACCUGGAGUUCCGGUCUUUCCAGGCCAUCACGCCCCAGGACCUGCGGAGCUACGUGUUUCAGGGCUCCGUGCGGGGCUGCCCAGCUCUGGAGGGUUCCGUGGGCCUCAGCAACAGCGUGUCCCGCUGGGUGCAGGUAAUGGUGCUGAGCCGGCCCGGGCCCGCGCAGCGCGCGCAGGUCCUGGACAAGUUCAUCCACGUGGCACAGAGGCUCCACCAGCUGCAGAAUUUCAACACGCUGAUGGCCGUCACCGGGGGCCUGUGUCAUAGUGCCAUCUCCAGACUCAAGGACUCCCAUGCCCACCUGAGCCCUGACAGCACCAAGGUCCUGCUGGAGCUGACCGAGCUCCUUGCCGCCGACAACAACUACUCUUGCUACCGCCGCACCUGGGCCGGCUGCACGGGCUUCCGGCUGCCUGUACUGGGUGUGCACCUCAAGGACCUGGUGUCCUUGCACGAGGCCCAGCCCGAUAGGCUGCCUGAUGGCCGCCUGCACCUGUCCAAGCUCAACAGCCUCUACCUGCGGCUGCAGGAGCUGGCAGCCCUUCAGGGACAGCGUCCGCCCUGCAGCGCCAACCAGGACCUGCUGCACCUGCUCACGCUUUCCCUGGAUCUCUUCUACACGGAGGACGAGAUCUACGAGCUUUCUUAUGCCCGGGAGCCCCGCUGUCACAAGAGUCUGCUCCCCUCCCCCUUCAAAGCACCCCUGGUGGUGGAGUGGGCCCCCAGCGUGACGCCCAAGCCCGACAGGGUCACCCUGGCCCAGCAUGUGGAGCAGCUGGUGGAGUCUGUGUUCAAGAAUUACGACCCUGAAGGCCGAGGAACCAUCUCUCAGGAGGACUUUGAGCGACUCUCGGGCAGCUUCCCCUUCGCCUGUCACGGGCUGCACCCACCCCCCUGCCAGGGCCGCAAGCCCACCUUCUGCGACAGCUGCAGCGGCUUCUUCUGGGGGGUAACCAAGCAAGGCUACCGCUGCCGGGAUUGUGGGCUCUGUUGCCACAAACACUGCAGAGACCAGGUGAAGGUGGAGUGUAAGAAGAGGCCGGGGGCCAAGGGCGAUGUGGGCCUCCCAGAAGCCCCCGUCCCAUCCACGCCAGUUCCCCAUGCCAGCUGUGGCUCUGAGGAAACUCUCCCUGACACACUGACCCUGGACUCUGAGACUGAGUCCCUCCUUCACCAUGCUUGGACCCAGACGGAGCCCCCACCCCCUUCCUGGGUGCCAGAGAUGGAAGGAAAAGAUGUGCUGCUGAAGAGCACAGGACUUCGCAAGUCAGAGCAGCAGGGGCCCGUCCAGACUCAAGGGACAGAGACCCCUGACCCCUCCUCAAGCUUGAAUGCCCCUGACCUGACCCCAGAGAUAGGUCCUACCGGUGUCAUAAAUUAAAUUUAUUUUCCAAAAGACACGGCCCU